GUCAAGAAUACCAGGACUUAUAACUACAAGACCACACACAACCAGAUGCAUAAUACUUGCAAUGAGCGUGCCAACUUCACUGAGGAACUUCUACUUAACCACUGCAAUAAAGCCAGCCACAAUAACAUGAGUCACAAAGGUCACAACUACAAAACGGAACAUAACCACCAUGUGCACAAGCAGCAACAGCAGAGAUGUAAAACACAGGAGCAGAAGAAUCAUCAUCAGCAGCAGCAGCAGCAGCAGAAAGAUCAACGGAGGCCUCCCAAUAGAGGCGGAAACCAUCAGAAUAGGUCUACUUCAAAGAAAGAUGGAGGAGGCAGUAGAAAUAGAAAAUACAAGCAGGACGUCCAAGUGAAUCGUACCAGGUUCAUGUCUCAAGAGUUCAAGGAGCAGAAUGCUAUGAUGGUGGAUGGACGUUUACUCUGUCGACAUUUCCUCUGGGGAAGGUGCAUCAAGGGUGAUGAAUGCCAACUGGAGCAUAUUAAGGGUUACAACAAUCUCAUCAAAGGAGUGUGCAAAUUUUACAUCCAGGGGUUUUGCACAAAAGGGGAGAGCUGUCCAUACAUGCACAAGACCUUCCCCUGCAAGUUUUUCCACAGAAAAGGAAAAUGUUCUCAGGGUGCAGAUUGCAAGUUUUCCCACGAGCCGCUUGAUGAUGUCACGAAACAACUGUUGGAUGAGGUAAUAAAAAAGGACGAGCUCUAUAAAGUUGCAAAAGCUGAAGAAGAAUCCUCAGCACAGCCGGUGAAAUCAGCAGAGCCAGAAAUUACAGAAGCAAAUGAAACCCCUGAUAUACUAAUACAGCCACUCAGGGCUAAUUUUUACAACAGCACAGAAUCAAACGCACAAAGGGAAGCCUUGUCAUGUCAGACUGAAGAACCGGCUAAUGUUACAGAGGAAGCCAACCCAGCACAUGCAGCAGCUUCCCAAUCUCACAACUCACCGUCAAAUGACCAUAACCACAAGGAACCGGUGUGUUACUCUGUGGAAGCAGUGCUCGGACCGAAACUGUCCAAACCCUUCUCUGGUCUCUUUACAACUCCUGGAGGUCAAGAUUCGUCCUCUGUCCCUAUCCCGCAGUCUGAUAACACUUCAGGUUCUGCAAACCAAAGUGAAGUUCCUUACUCUGUUGAUGCUGUGCUCAGAUCGUAUAAAUCACUAGACAGUUCAACUCCUGCUGCUCCUACUGCACAAACUGUAUCCUACACUCCAAAAUCUGAGCAGCUCAGCUCGGCAAAAAAUAAGGAUAAGGACUUGUAUUUGGGAAACACCAAAAAUGAACCGAACAAAUUCCUGCAAGUGCAAAGUGGCCCGAUUUCAAAAACCUGCCCCGAUCAUCAUCUUGGAAAAGGAAAUGGGCGACUGUCUAUUGACAUUACGUCCUCUGGAGACUGUAAAAGUGAAGUGCCUAAACCCAGCGGAAAACUGUUGUACAGCCUUUUUUCAAGGCCCCCCAGUCAGACAUCUACACCCAAACUUCCUGCACCCUUAAAGCCACAUCGAGCCGGUCUGACAUCUGACUCAAAAGUCUCAAUAAAUCCCUCUUCAGGUUUCAAAGAGUUUAAAGGAAGAGAUGCUCUUUCCACUGAACCUGUUGCUACCUCCUGUAAAACCAGGGAUUCUGCUCAUCAUUUUGCAUCAAAAAACCUCACUGAGGUCCAUAAGGACUCUAGAAACUCACAAUCUGGCCUCAAAAUAGGGGCAGAUCAACAUUAUUCUAGUGAAACGACAGCAGAGUGCGGCAGUAAAACAAUACAUUGCAGUGAUUUGGCAAUUGAACCUAGUAAAACCCAGAAGAGACCCUUUUAUAGCCUUUUUGCAAGCCCCAUUACUGACACCAUGAGGCCAACAGCAGAUUCUGCUUGUAUUCAAUCUUCCUGUCUAACCCCACAGUUGGCAGAUUGUAGAAGUAAAGCUGCGGUUAAACCUGACAAGUUGAACUCUGCCCGGUCCUUCCUCAGCCUUUUUGCAAGUCCUCUCAGCGAGAUGACUGGUUCUGCAACAGGAAUGCCGUCUCAACCAGAUGCUGCAUCUCAUUUAUCCGAGUCUAAACAAAGAGCUAGAGAAGAGUUAGAGAUGCCUCUUCCUUGCCUCGCCAGACCUGAUGACAAAGAAACAUGUCAUGCAUCAAGAUCUCCUAAUGUCUCUACAAAUCCUAUAAAGGUAGAUGACAGGAGUUCAUAUAAGAAAACCUCUACAAACCACAUAGAUUCUCUCGACCAAACCGAUCAGCCUGCACCUGAUGUCUCCUCCCAUGAAGGUUCUUCAGUAGCAGCUACCUCUGGUUCACUUCUGAAAAGCCUCUUCCAGUCCCUGGGCCCGUAUCAACAGGACGUAGAACAACAGGGCAGUGUUGAGAUCAGUGUCUCUUCAGACAGUGAGAAGAAAGACGAAGGCAGCACCGGGUUCAUCUCUGUGGAGCAACAGCAGGGGAUUACAAAAAAGGGGGGAAGAAAGAAAAAGCUGAAGGCUCAGGAUUCCCACAAACAAUCCGCUGAGAAAACGGCUGCACACACAACAUCUUGCACACACAGCUUUCCAAUCAGAGCAUUGCCGCUGAUGAGUCAGCCUCAUACCGGACAGACUCUGAAGCAAACCUCAGAGGGGAGAACGUGUGUAAAUGGGAACGUUGCGGUCACACCACUCAAGGACCUUUUUAAGACAUUAGACCCCACUGUUUUCCACUUCAGACAAUAAUGUUUGGAUUACCCUUGGGUUUAAUCACUCUAAUAAUCUUGAUUUUUAAAAUAUGAGAUGCACAUAUGUACUUUUUUUAUGCAAGUGUUCGAACUGUAAAAAUCAAGUAAAUCUUGUGUGAUUCGAAGCUAAAUGUGUUGAUCUUUAUAACCUUUAUGUGUUCACUUUUUAUCAGCGCAGUUCAGUGUUAAUUCAGAGUUUUUUCAGUUACUCGAUAUCUGCUGAUACCUGUGCCGUAAUAAUGGACUGAAUCAUAUCAUUGCAUCAAACAUAAUUAUGAGUUUUUCUACAUGUAUUGCCAGUUUGAGCCACAUCUAGU